GGCAACGCCGUCGGGAUGUCAUAUCGAAAUUUCCCAACCUAAGCCAGCUGUAACACUGCGGUUUGCAACUCCCCUUUAUCACCUCUCGUGUCGACAGCUUGCAUACUUAUAUGCAAUGCUGAUGUUAUGAGACUGUUCUGUCACCUGUACGACCACUUCACUUUCUAUACUCAGUGCUGAGCGACGUUCUUGUUAAGUGUUCGCUGGUCGUCGCGACACGAAUCCUAGCAGGCGACGAUAAAAAAAUGUCCGGCACGGAUGUUGUCCCGGCUAUUCCAGCAAUCAUAGGUGAAUUGACAGGUCCUCUGCUACUAGGCCACCUAUUCAAUUGGGGCCUGUUUGGAGCGCUGACGGUGCAAGUCUACAUCUACUAUUUGGCAUUUCCUCGUGAUAGGGAUACCACCAAACUAAUUGUAGCCUCGACGUAUAUUAUCGAACUUCUGCAAACCGUCCUCUCAACGCGCGAUGCAUUUCGCGUAUUUGGGAGCGGAUGGGGCAAUAUGACAGAGAUGAAUACCGUAGGGUGGCUUUGGUUCAGCGUGCCCGUUCUUGGUAGCAUCAUGAGCUGCCUUGCCCAGCUAUUCUACUCCUGGCGUAUUUGGAUCCUUGGCCGAAAUCGAUGGACUUGUGGCUCGAUCAUUCUCGUCUCGUUGACGCAAUGUGGUGCAGGUUUGUAUUCAGGUUGGUUUGCCCACCACGUCGGGGACUUUGGAAAAAUACAAACAGGGAACUAUAGGAUGGUUACGGUGUGGCUCGGCGGGACGGCUCUUUGCGACGUAAUAGUCGCCGUGGCCAUGAUAUACUACCUGCUCAAAAAUAGGACUGGUAUUCGGCAGACGACGACGCUCAUAACCAAGUUCGUCACGUUGUCUAUCGAGACUGGAGCAAGUUGUGCAAUUCUGGCCGUCAUCGAUCUGGCUCUUUUCCUCGCGUAUCAACAUAACAACUAUCACCUCGCUCCUAGCAUUGCGCUGAGCAAGUUGUAUUCCAAUAGUCUGUUAGUGGUAUUCAACGCUCGAGUUAGGCUUGUCGGUGGUCGUAAUUCAGAGGAUACAACGUUGUCUGGUAGUGUCGCUGAGCGAUAUCUCAGUGACUUUGCCGCGGCGGAACGCACUAGUGGAACGAACCUGACCAGACCCAUCGCUGUAGCAAUUUCUCAAAACAGAACGACUAGCGUUCAAAUUGAUCUGUCAAGGGAAACUUAUCCUAUGGGUACUCCGUCAACACGCGCUGACCAGUCUAGUAUCAAGAAAAAAGACUCCCAGCAUGGCAGCGUUGAAGGACGUUGAGGGACGUUGAUGGUCAACCUUACGACAUGCGACUUCUUGUUAUCCCAGGAUAUGUGCACAUAGACUUUUCUUCUUCGGUCGUCUACGCCGAUGCGACAACCCAUUCUUUUGACAUUCACUUUAUCCAUCUUUCCUUUCUUGGGCUCCUUCAGUUGUACAUACAAAUGAGCAGCAAGCAAGGGAUGUAUUGAAAGUACUGGCUGUUUUGUAGGGGUUUGGAGAAGGUCGCUGAUAGGGAGCCAUAGGAUCUAGC